AACCUCUCUGUAAGCCCAGAGGGGAAAAAAAAAGAAAGUAAGUAAAGGGGAAAUUCAGAUUAGUCACAAAGAAGUUCCCCGCCUGCCUGCAAGAGACGUAGGAUAUAAAGCUGAAAGGCUGCCCCUUUAACCACUCAUUUACUUCAACUUUGAUUCUGAGAUUAUCUACUGGCUAGUUUACUUGAUCAUUUUUUUUUCUUUCCCUUGGAAGAGGUCACCAUUUACUGAUUCAGGGUUCCCCUUCAUCUUUUCAUUUUUCCUUUGGUUGGAGUUAGAAAAUGGAAGGGGGUCAACCAUUGCAGACAAGAAGUGAGAAUCUGCCAAGGCAGAGGACCAUUGUUAAUAAACUAUUGCUGGUGUCUUCUGUGAUCCAAUGGAUAGUAUUGCUUGUAUGCUUGAUCUACAUUUGGGGGACUUCUGAGCCUCCAAAGUCAAAGAAUGAGAGUGUUAAAGUACAUCUUUUGGAUUAUGAUGACAAGAAUGGUUUUACCUUACAAUCUUCUGGUCAUUUUGGAUCCAUUGAGGUGCAAAACAACUCCCUCAAGAUCAGAUGUGAUGGUUUUUACCUGUUAAGUUUGAAGGGUUUCUUCUCCCAAACUCCUAAUAUUGACUUUCAUUAUCGGAAUGAUAGUUUUCACUUUUUCUCAAAUGUUUUCUCCAAACAAUAUGUCAACUCUGUUGCUGUGGUCUACUUAAGAUAUGGAGAUUCGAUCUACCAGAGAGUGGUACCCCAAAAUAUGUCUUCAACAAAACUUUGGUUCCAUAAAGGUGAAAUAAGCCUCAUUCAAUUGACUAAUGAUAACUUCUGUGGCAAAUGAAGAAUUGAGAUGAAGGGACCCAAGUCUACCAUCACCACCAAAAACUGACUGGGAUUGGACAGAAAAAUUUAUUCUACCGUGGUUAUGAUGGAGCCAUAGUUCCAACCAAGUGCAUAUCUUGGGCAAUGACCAGACGCUCAAAUUUUUCUCAGGGGUACAGUGGAAAUCUACUUGAUGUAAUACUUGAUUUCUGGGCAAUUUGGAUGCAAUCUGCAUGCCAUUUAUGUUGGGAGUGUUGGUGGUCUGAUUUAAAUGGGAAAAAAUAAAUUGUGGGAAAUCAUCAGGCUUUGAUGAGGAUGGUCAUAUAAGGAACACUACUUUUUCCUUUGGCUUCUUGUCCUCCUAUACUCCUUGUCCCCUCUUUUCUACACACAUCCUUAUUACAUAUUUUGCUUCAUAGUUUGUGUGUAGAUAUAAACCUGUUGCAUAAAUAUGGCUCUGACUGUGGUGCUAUGACACAUUCUUAGCAAUGCAAAGGAAACAAUAGAAAGAGAAAUUUCUAAAGUGGAAAAAUAAUCUUGUAAAGACUGUCUACUCAGGGGAAGGUGGGGUGUGUGAUGCUGGUGGUUAAAGAUGACAAGAAGUGAAGCAGUUAUUUUGGGAAGAGAAACAAAUCAUCUAUAAUAUGGAGGAAGAAUAAUAUACAUAUACCCUUCUUCCCACAUGUAGUCAGUAAGUCAACUAGCAUUUAUUAAGCACCUAUUCUAUACUGAGGCAGCUAGAUGGUACAGUGGAUAAAGUGCUGACU